CAUGAAAUUUCACAAUUCCCCAUACAAACUCAUAUCCAAGAAGUUCAAAAAAUGGUUAGAGGCAUCUUCCACAUAUGCCUCUUGGCAUCGUUUCUUCUUCUGCCACAAUUCUCUUCCACUGUAAACUACGGUGGCUUCACCGUUGGAGCAAAUGCUCCUUAUCCAUGGGACCAUAAUAUUCCCCCACCACAAGAAACCACACCAUUCCCAAGCCCCACCACCAGUCCUCCAACCACCUCAGCUCAAUCCCCUGGUCCAGCGGCCGCGUCGUCUCCGUUCAACAACAGCUCUAUCUCCGGCGACAUGACAUGGUGGUGCAAUAAGACUCCACACGCUAAGACAUGCACCUACUACUUCCAAAGGAGCCCAGACAACAACAUUAGCCGACCACCAAGAUUUCGGUCCGAGUUUCUACGAAUGCUGGUCCAUGUAGCACUUGACCAAGCCGUCAUUACACACGCUCAAACCGUUAAAUUAGGUCAGAGCUGCACCAAUAACCAACGGAAAGCCGCUUGGUCAGACUGUGUAACGCUAUUUGAAAAUACGGUCACUCAGCUGAACCAGACAUUCAACGGACUUAACCCGGGGGCUUCUAGUGAUGUGAAGUGUUCAGACUUAGACGCACAGACGUGGCUCAGCACGGCUCAAACCAACAUCGAGACAUGCCGGUCUGGCUCGGAGGAUCUGAAUGUCUCAGAUUUCGUCAUGCCGGCCAUCUCAAACAAGAACUUGUCGGAUUUGAUUGGAAACUGCUUGGCCGUCAAUGGAGUUCUCAUGAAGCAACAUAAUCAUACGACUGUAAAAGACGCAACGGUUCUCUACAUCCGCCUCUUUGCAAAGGACAUCUCAUGUGCUUCCUUUCAGAUUCAACCCUCAGCAAUUACACCUUUUUGGAGUCAGACUCUUUAGGCUUCGAAUGGUAAAAGCAGUUCAAGCAGGACAUAUCAAGCAGAUCAUGCAGAUCAAGCAGGACAAGUGCAGAUCAAGCAGGACAAGUGCAGAUCAAACGGAUCAUGCAGGAAAAAACUAUAUUGUAACUUAUGAAUGACAAAAUCAGUUCAAAACUAUAGAUCAUAUAUUAAAACAAUAAAAAUGACACUUAGAUAUCUAAACAAAUAUCUUAAAUG